AUGGCACUUGCUUACAUAUUGUUGGUGUUAUUCCCGGCAGUCUUCGUCGCUGCAUUUAUAUUUUUGGUCAUAGGGGUAAUUAAUUUUGAUUUCUCCAACUCAGAAAUUCCUCCUGGAGUGAAUCAACCUGUAAAGCUCCGAAUCAUUCAUAUUAUUUUAAUAAGUACAGCUGUGGUGGGACAGAUUUUGGAAAACAUUGGCAUCUGCAGUCAGGUUAGCUUUGUUCGCUAUAUGCAAGGUAGGAAGACUCUGGGAGCAGACCAACACCUCUUCAUCAAGGACCUGCGGUUUGAAAAGGUGCCUGUGAGGAUUUAUCAGCCUACGGCUCCAUCCGCCAGCCAAAGGAGAGGAGUUAUGUUCUUCCAUGGAGGAGGAUGGAUAUUUGGAAGUCUUGAGACCCAUGAAAAGCUAUGCCGCUCUAUUGCCAGAGAAAGUGAAUCAGUGGUUGUAUCUGUUGGGUACCGUUUAGCUCCUGAGCACAAAUAUCCUGCUGCAUAUGAAGACUGUCUUAAUGCUACCGUCCACUUUAUGAAGAAUAUAGAGCACUAUGGGGUGGAUCCUGCCCGUAUAAUUGUCAGCGGGGACAGCGCUGGGGGCAAUCUGGCAGCUGCCGUCAGCCAGACCCUCGCAAGCAGACCAGACCUCCCAAAACUACGGGCUCAGAUCUUGAUCUACCCAGGCCUUCAGGCACUGGACUUCAAUCUACCGUCCUAUCAGCAAAAUCGGGGAGUCCCUCUGCUCUUCCGAGAACGCGCUGCUUUCUAUGUGUUACAGUACCUAAAUGGAGAUGCAUCAAACCUAGAGGAGGUCUUGGAGGGUUCUCAUAUUCCUUCAGAUAUUAUAUUAAAUCAUAGGAAAUGGGUGAGUCCAGAUUAUAUUCCUGAAAAAUUUAAGGGCAGAGGCUACAAACCACAUGUGUUACUUGAAUGUGCAACCGAAGUUUAUGAGGCAGUGAAAAGAUUCUGUGAGCCCAAUCUGUGUCCACUGUUAGCUGAAGAUGCUGUUGUUCAGCAGCUGCCUGAGACUUUCAUCUUGACGUGCGAGUACGACGUGCUGAGAGAUGACGGUUUGCUGUACAAGAAGAGACUGGAGGACAAUGGUGUUCCAGUGACCUGGUACCACCUGGAGGAUGGGUUCCAUGGAAUCAUAAACUCAUUUAAUAGUGACUGGUUGUCAUUUUCAGCUGGAAAAAGGGGUCUUGAUAAUAUUGUGAAUUUUCUAAAAAGCUUAUAAAAACAAUUUUCUUUCAGCCAUAAGUAUAUAAGCAUUGCCAAUUUUCUGUGGUUUUGUUUCGUGCUCUUAAAUUUCAGAGAAGAGGUUGAGAUAGGCCAAUUUAUUUUAAUAAGCAAUCAUGACAGUAUGACCACUGAAAAUGUUUAAAGAAUGCUGGGAAAGUUUCUUUUAGUGAUGUCUCAAGUAUUCUGUGCGCAGUCUGUUUCAAUGACUUGUUUGCACCACGCACU